UCCAGUAAAAAUAAAAAUUAAAAAACCCGUUCCUCCAUCUUCUACUUCCAUUUUGUCUUUGUCCACUUCCCUUCAUUUCACACCCAAUCAAUCAAUUACCCUUUUCUUUAAUAUUCAACCUUCCAAUGCGUGCUAAUCCCAAUUAAUAUACUUUAUUAAUUCAACCCGCAUUUCCAGUCGCCUAACUCACUUCCCUUUCACCUAAAAACCCGUUUCGUUUCUUGUUCCCUUUUAAAUGCCCUCUCACUUCGAUAAUCUCUCCGCUUGAGAGAGAGAUGAGUCAGCUCGGUUUGUUAUUGCAGGAGACCCGGGCUGAGUCAAGAACGAUUCUCGGUUUGUUAAACGAACAAAUGGACGGUGUUGAUGGAGUUCCUCGGAGGAGACGUAGCUUCAAGGAACGGUUUGGAUUCAUCGGGAUAGGUUGCUGUGGAGCCACGCGUGGAUUCCGUUCUUCUUCUUCUUCCUCUUCAUCUCAAUUACCUCAGCAACAAAUUUCUGAUACGGAUCCGGUUCAGGAUCCGAGCGUCUGCGUUGGCCCGAAUCCAACUGCUUCCAGUUCGGGUAAUAUGAAUCUUGCGGCGGCGCUAGCGGCGGAGCGACAACUCCGAAGACAGCCGGUGGAAACUGUCGCCGGAGGGGGUAGGAAUUCGGGGACACCGUGGAGAGUGUCGUUGAUGAGGCUGUUAGAGGAGACGGAAAAUGGUGACACGGUGGAGGCAGAGACUGUGAGAGAGGUGAAAGUAGGUGGUGUGGCGGGGAAUGAUUCGGUGUGUUGCGUGUGCAUGGGAAGGAAUAAAGGCGCGGCGUUUAUUCCAUGUGGACACACUUUUUGCAGAGUCUGCUCUAGGGAGCUGUGGCUGAACAGAGGCUCCUGCCCACUUUGUAACCGUUCGAUUAACGAGAUUCUUGAUAUUUUCUAGAAAGUUCUUCAAUGAGGUGAUGAGGAUCUUUGUCUUUUCAACGAUCUCAGUCUUUUUCACGUGUAAUAUGAAUUUCGUUUGCAAGAAAUUUUUUACGGAUUGUA